AUGUAUGGGACAAGGUACUUGCUGGAUUUACUGGCUGCGAUCCCGAGAUCUGCGCUGCUGCGUGUGGUGUGGACGCCAAAACCACCGACGAAGCCACAUCCGAUGACUGUGCACUCGCAGCGAGUUGGCGACGAGCAGAUCAAAGCGUACGUCAAGUUCAGCAAGCACCUGCGCAAGAUCCUGCUCCCUGUGUUCGAAGAUCUGCAGUUCCGCCUCGCGUUUCGACUCCUACCGGUUCGAUCGCGGUUCUGGUUCCUGCAGCAGUCGAACCCACGCAUCAUAUACUGCAUCCGAGACAGGUGCGACGCAGUCGAGACAGAGCAGCACUUGUUCUUCGAAUGUUCACUCGCGACAAGACUGUGGGAACACUUUGGGAACAUCAUGGCGCCGUUCGUCCGAUCUCAACUGACAUGGGUCAUGAUAGCGACAGCAAGGAAACCAGUCGUGCGAGACGAAUGGAAGGAGUGUGAAGACAUCAUCGGAGAUGUAUGGCACACGCUCCGCACGGUGACACUCCACUUCAUCUGGUCCGACCGCAAUCGGUGUCUGUUCGACGGAAGACAGCCCACACCGACGACAUCAGCAACGAUGGUCAUCUUCACCACAGCCAGCGCGCACUUUCGGCACAACCUGAGGAGGCGCUACGAUGACGAUGAGAGCGCAUCACUGGAGAAGGCGCUUAUCAAGAUGAGGAAGUAUCCGCCUUUUGGAGAUUUUGCAACGGCGCACCCCGCCAUGUUCCCAGUCCGUCACCUCCAACAGUAG